CGGGCACAGUCGGCGGCGCCGUCGGCGGUGGAGACCUGACCGGCAGCCAUGAGCGUGGGCUUCAUCGGCGCGGGCCAGCUGGCGUGUGCGCUGGCGCGGGGCUUCACCGCCGCGGGCAUCUUGUCCGCCCACAAAAUAAUGGCCAGCUCCCCGGAAAUGGACCUGCCCACCGUGUCUGCGCUCAGGAAGAUGGGCGUGAACCUGACUCGGAGCAACAAGGAGACAGUGAGGCACAGCGACGUGCUGUUCCUGGCUGUGAAGCCUCACAUCAUCCCCUUCAUACUGGAUGAGAUCGGGGCGGAUGUGCAGCCCCGGCACAUCGUGGUCUCCUGUGCAGCCGGCGUCACCAUCAGUUCUGUGGAGAAGAAGCUCAUGGCCUUCCAGCCAGUGCCCAAAGUGAUCCGCUGUAUGACCAACACACCCGUGGUGGUGCGUGAAGGCGCCACUGUGUAUGCCACUGGCACACACGCCCUGGUGGAGGACGGGCAGCUCCUGGAGCAGCUCAUGAGCAGCGUGGGCUUCUGCACGGAGGUGGAGGAGGACCUGAUCGACGCCAUCACUGGGCUCAGCGGCAGCGGGCCUGCCUACGCGUUCAUGGCCCUGGACGCGCUGGCUGAUGGUGGGGUGAAGAUGGGUGUGCCGAGGCGCCUGGCCAUCCGACUAGGGGCCCAGGCCUUGCUGGGUGCUGCCAAGAUGCUGCUGGACUCAGAGGACCACCCGGGCCAGCUCAAGGACAACGUCUGCUCCCCUGGGGGCGCCACCAUCCACGCCCUGCACUUUCUGGAGAGCGGGGGCUUCCGCUCUCUGCUCAUCAAUGCAGUUGAGGCCUCUUGUAUCCGGACAAGAGAGCUGCAGUCCAUGGCAGACCAAGAAAAGAUCUCUCCAGCUGCUGUUAAGAAGACCCUCCUAGACAGAGUGAAGCUGGAGUCCCCCACUGUGGCCACACUGGCCCCUGGCAGCCCAGGGAAGCUCCUCACAAGAAUUCCCGCCCCGGGGGGCAAGAAGGACUGAGGUGUCUCUGCCUCCCGGGCCCUUGCGGCGCCCGGACAGCCCGGUUCUGGUGGUACACACUCUUCAUCUUCAGCCAGGCAGCAUGGGUCCUCUUUCCAGAGUGGAGGUGCUCUGAAGAGGUGGCCAGCGCUAGCCAGGCAGCCCUGCACCUGCCCUUUGAUGGAGAGGGUCCUGGGCCCUGUGUCUGGGCCCCACUCGGAAUAUGGCCCACAGAGUACUUCCGCUGAGUCCUCCAGCCAGAGGCCAGGGCUAGGUGUGACAUGAAGAUCACACCUGUGAUCCGUGGAUGGCUGGGUGUGAAGUGAGAGGGAGUCGUCUCAGCUCAUUGGAAGUGGAAAGAAUGGGAUUAUGCUACAUUUACUGCUUCGUAGAUCUCCCAGUAGAGCGUUCGGUGGGAAGUUUAGCUGCUGGAAUAAAGUUUAUUUUUUGCUA